AUGGGCAACAGCAGCAGCAAGCUCGAGAAGGCGCUCGCAGAGUGCCCCGACGACGAGCGCUACUACGGCUUUGAGAACUUUGGCAACACCUGCUAUGCCAACUCAGUGCUGCAGGCGCUCUACUUUUGCCGGCCCUUCCGGGAACAGGUGCAGCAGUACUGCGCAGCCCUGCCGCGGGAGCCGGAGGAGAACAUGCUCAACUGCCUGGCGGAGCUGUUCCAGCAGAUCCAGACGUCCAAAAAGAAGACGGGCGUGAUAGCGCCGAAGCGGUUCGUGCAGCGGUUGAAGCGGGACAAUGAGGCCUUCCGAAGCUACAUGCACCAGGACGCCCAUGAGUUUCUGAACUACCUGCUCAACGUGACCAGCGAGCUGCUGGAGGGGCAGGCCAAGGAGCGGGGGGAGGCGGCGCCAGCCAGCACCUGGGUCACAGACAUCUUCCAGGGGCGGCUAGUGAACGAGACGCGCUGCCUGCAGUGUGAGACCGUGACCAGCCGCGAGGAGGUGUUCAUGGACCUGGGGCUGGAGAUAGAGAACAACACGUCGCUCACGGCCUGCCUGCGCCACUCCACGGAGAUGCUGUCGUGUGACAACAAGUUUUUCUGCGACGCGUGCGGCUGCCUGCAGGAGGCCCAGAAGCGGAUGAAGCUCAAGCAGCUGCCGCCCUGCCUCAUAUUCCACCUGAAACGCUUCAAGGAGCGCAAGCUGCCCUACCGGGUGGUGUUCCCGUUUGAGUUGAAGCUCAGCAAUUUGAUGGCGGGGGCGGAGGGCGCGGACUCCAUGUACAGCCUGUUCGCGGUGGUGGUGCACGUGGGCAGCAACAUGCACCACGGCCACUACGUGUCCCUGAUCAAGAGCAAGAGCCAGUGGCUGUUCUUUGAUGACGACAGCGUGGAGCUCAUACGCGAGGAGCAGGUCGCAGCCACAUUCGGCAGCACGCAGGAGUACAGCGCCCACAUGGACCACGGCUACAUACUGUUUUACGAGAAGGUGGGCAGCAGCGGCGGCGGCGGCGGCGGAGGAGCCGGAGGAGGGCCAGGCGGCGGCGGCGGCGGCGCGGCGGCGGGCGGCGCGGCGGGGGGUGGCAGCGGCAAGGGCGCGCCGCCCUGA